CUUUCAGCGCCACAUCGCGGGCGUCGCAGGCUGUGUGUGUGUGGGAGGGACUAAGGGGAGAGCUCCCCUCAGUGCAGCCGGUCUGCCAAAGCACUGAGCAAGCUCAGAAUAUAUUCAAAGCAUAUCUACCGAUAAGGCUUUUUUUGUCUGCCUCCGCUGUGUGGUAUCAUCCGCUGUGACGGAGAGAAGUCGGAAGGGAUGCUUAAGUAACGCGGGAUGCUGUGGAGUGAAAACAUCGUGGGAGGAAGGCUCAGAGUGAACCAGCGGGUGGUGAAACACGAAUGGCUUCCCCAGAGCUGCUUCCUGCAAAGGAGGGAGGAAAACAGCCCGACAUUUCCGACGCCCUUGACCGCGUUUCGGCCAAGCUGCAUGCCCGCAAGUCGAGUGGAUCAACAGGAGGAGCGAUCCCGGGGGAGGGCGCCUGUAACCCGGUCCGCAGCUGCCAUGGCCGGUGUCUUUCAGCACCAAGGACGGCGCCGCGCAAGGCGGGCGCGGAGAUUAAACUUGGUCACCUCGGUGAGGAAAAAAUUCGAGUUUGUUGCGACGAGGAAUUAGAGACAUCUUUCACCUAUAUCGACGAGAAUGUUAACCUGCGACUGGCCAGCCCGGAGUCUAGUUGCAAAAGUACUCACAGAGCCGUGCGCAACGGCGAGCCCUGCUCUGAGACUCUCCCCGAGCUUUCUUUUAUGUCCGAGGAUGAUCUCUCCUUCGGGGAGGGCUCCGGGAAUUCUAUAGACUACGGCUUUAUCAGUGCAGUCACGUUCCUAGUUACCGGGAUCUCAUUGGUGAUCAUCUCCUACGCUGUGCCCAGGGAUGUGGUGGUGGACCGCGACAGCGUGUCGGCGAGAGAGAUGGAGAAGCUGGAGAUGGAAAGCGCCCGGAUAGGUGCCCACCUGGAUCGCUGCGUCAUCGCGGGACUCUGCUUGCUCACGCUGGGCGGCGUGGUGCUCUCCACGCUGCUAAUGAUCUCCAUGUGGAAGGGAGAGAUGUACAGGAGAAAGGUCAUCGCUUAUUCCAAGCGUUCGGCCAAACUAUACGGCUCGAUCAACCUGAAAACUAGAUCCAGUCCCAGCCACUCAUCCGGGCAGUAUUCCUUAGAAGAUGAAGUGGAGGAAACUAUUACCUAAGCUGCUGCUCUGCAUAUAAAAGAAUUGUGAUUAAUUGGGGAAAUAAUGCCAUUCACAUUGUCAUUCUCUAGCAUAUACUGUAUUCAAAUUGUAAGUCUGCAACAUUUUUGUCUCAUACUGUAGCAACAGAUCAAACCUCCAGUUACAUUUCCACGUGGCAAAUAGAGUGAACAAGAAAAGCAUCCAAAGCAAAGUUAGCAAUCAGCAGAAAUCUAUUAUUUGGAAUUAAAUUAUUCCCAAAUGAUCUUUUUAAGACUAAACUAUUUUUUAAAAAAAGUGCAGGGAGAACAUUAAGAGCUUUGUGCCACAAACAUUGUAUUACCUUUUUUUUUUUGGCUCAAGAUACAAUCCCUGAGAGCUUCCAUUUAUUACUAAGGUUAUUCAUAUUUAAUGCAAACAACAAAAUUGCACAUAGGCACAUUUCAGGAAGUAGGGGGAUGCUUGUGUCCCCAGAGCAGGAAAGUGGCAGUAAGAAGGGAUGUAUAGUUGUCCCUGUCUACUGUCACGUGGGCGAAUAGGCUCAGCGGUCCACAUGGUAAUAUCCAGUGACAGUCCCUCUCUGGUGCAGUGCUGAGGUAAGCCAGUAAGGCCGGCUUCAUCCAUCUGAGCCAAAGCUGCACAUUGAUUUGAUAGUUAUGACAAAUUUGACUGCAGUUGACAGCCAUCACAUCCACUCUGCACCUUCCUCUGCUCUCUGUUGAUCUGCCCUGCUCCUCUUUCUCAGCUUCUUGCCUCACCUUCUCUCUGCCACAGCAGAUUUCCCCUCCCCCUGCAGACCUUCAGCAUAUUUUAGACUUAUACGCCUGUGGGAGGGGUCCCAAAAGACCACAACCCAAGUGCCUGUUACGUUUCAAGGUUGAGCAAGCCUGUGCUUACCAGUCUCUUUCCAUCUUCUGCUACCUGAGGAUGGACUUAAGAACAUCUAAUCACAGAUGAAAGCGCUGCCCUAUUUCCCAAACGGAAAGCUGUCACUACUUCAAAGAGCUAAUUACCUCUCUCAAGUGAUGUCUCACUCUUUUUUAAAAGGUUAUGUUUGAUGUUAUCACACUGAUUUGCUGAGUAAAAAAAAGAGAGAGAGAGAAAAGAAAUGCAGGUGAGCACAAAGAGCUUAGGAAAAGAGGUUUAUCCUGUGCAGACUUGCUAAAAAUGUUAAUGCUCCAGUGACCUGACAAGGUGAAGACCAGCUUCUGUCUCCUGGUUAAGGAGGAAUUCACUUUGGUCUAGGCUUAGUCAGAGUUACAGCAACCUUAUGUUUCUCCUUGAUGGUUAUUAAUGCAGGCUGAAGAAAAAACCAUUAAAAAAUCUCACACAAUUGUCUUUUGCACACCUUAAGGCUCAUAAAUCAUGCAUGAAGUGCUUAUUCUUAUUUGCAUAUAUUCUUAUGAACAGCCAAAUGUUGCAUUCUGCAAGACGAGUUCAAGUGGCUCUUACUGUUACCUUAGUUUCUUGUCCUUUCUUUUCUCGGGCUGUGUGACCCUAUUUCAAGGCUUACAUUCAAAACGACAUGAGUCAGCCUCUAUUAAUGAGAUGCGGAGGCUUAUUACUCGACGGUAAACAGCCCGGGGCUGUUGCUGUGCUUUUGUUUGGUUGUAUUGCUUCUAUAUACUGUCAGAGCAUAUACAUGCAUUCUGAAUGACAGUCAGUUGAUGGAAGAUGGGAGAUGAUCGAAAAAUGGCCUGAGAUGGUAAGAUUAAGCAGAAGACAUUUAUGUAUGAGCCCGGAUUUUGUCAACAAUGGACUAAUGGAACUUUUUGUUAUUAGAGCAUUUCAUUUCCUGUGUGUACAUCCCUGAAGAGCAACCAUUACAUUUCAAAAUUGCAAUAAAACACUAAAUGCAGACAAUUCCAGGAAAGGUAAUAAAAAUUAAUGAUCCAAAUGAG